AUGUCUUCUACGUCCGAAGAACCAUUUCCAUGGUCAGAUAGAGCCUUAUCAGAUGUUAUUGCAAGCGUUCGUAUCAUGAAUGUUUUUGCUGGAUUUACACGAGAUUUCGCACCCAUCAUUCAACGGUUGGAAGACCUCAAUCAGCGCACAACCAUCCUGGUUCCCGCUAACGGCAGCAUUAUGUCUCUACCACGCAAACCUUGGGAGAGUACCAAAGAUUACAAAACUUAUGGUGAACAAGCAUUUGAAGGAGCUGAAGGUAGGGAAAGAGCGAGGGCAAAUUUGCAAAGUUUUGUCCAGGCUCAUAUAUUGCCUUUUAGCCCUUGGAAGGAAGGAGUCAAGCUCAAGACACUUGCUGAAAAUGAGGUUUGGUGGCAGCUCAAAGACGAAGACAGAUUUGUUCAACCAGCAAAUGCUGAAGUUCUCGAUGUGAUUCGAGCGGGCAAUGGUGAAAUAUGGUUGCUCAGUGGGGUUUUGGUAUAA